AUGAAAACGGAUAAAGCGAACAGUGAAAAUGGUUAUAAACCAUUUGUUAGACAGUGUUUCCUGACCGCAAGCGUGGCGUUGAACAUCGUCGCUCAUGGCUGCGUGAUUGGCUUCCCAGCGAUCCUCAUACCAGCUCUACGACUUCCUGAUUCAGAAAUAAAGGCUACUGCUAGCCAGGAGUCAUGGAUAGCUUCCAUUGUUGGAUUCGCGUUGAUCAUGGGAAACUUCAUCAUUACACCCCUUAUGGAUGGCGUGGGUCGAAAAAAAUCUCACUUACUAACAAUCCUACCAAUCUUUGCCGGCUGGUUUAGUCUACUAAUGGCAGAGAGCGUCACCUGGCUAAUUUUAGCCAGGUUUCUUCAGGGAGUAGCUAUGGGAAUGCUGGGUCCUCUAGGGUCAAUCAUAAUAGCUGAAAUGACAGACCCAAAAAACCGAGGAGCCUUCCUUACAUCCGUCUCCCUAUCAUUGACUAUUGGAGUUCUGUUUUCCCAUUCUUUGGGGGCGUUUUUUAGCUGGCAACAAAGCAGUUUAAUAUGCUCAUUUAUAACCUUCACUAGUUUGAUACUUAUCAUCUAUAAUCCUGAAUCACCAUCCUGGUUGAUUUCUAAAGGAAGAUAUCAAGAAGGUGAAGAAAUUUUCUUUUGGUUGAGAGGCAGAACACCUGACCAAGAAACGGAGUUUGAAAACAUGAUAACUGCUCAAAAAUCGUUACGAAAAUCGAGUAUUCUUGGACAGGACGUGUCGUUCAGUGUACGCUUGAGAAGAUUUUGUAUUUAUGUAAAUCAGACAUUUAGAAAACCUGAAUUUUAUAAGCCUAUAAUAAUCAUGUUUGUUUUAUACACAAUGUUCCAAUUUGCUGGAAUUAACGUGAUAAGUUCUUAUGCUACUGAUAUAAUACGGCAAGUAGUUGGACCUGAUGCGAACGCAAAAGUCCUUAUGGUCGUAUUGGAUAUAGAAAGAUUAAUCUGCAAUCUAGGAGCUGUGUUUCUGAUGAAGACAAUGAAGAGACGCACAUUACUAUUUAGCAGUACUGCUGUAUGCAUUUUUUCAUAUUUAGGAAAGAGUUACUACGUUUACGCAAGAGAGAAUAAUUCAUUACCGUUCACAAGCCAAUGGAUCCCAAUUACUUUAAUAGGUUUAUAUAUGUUUUCUUUGACUGUAGGUAUAUCCUCUAUACCGUUUACCAUAUCAGGGGAAAUAUUUCCUUUAGAAUAUCGAGCAUUUGGCGGCGGUAUAAGUGUACUGGCGUUAUCAUUUAAUUUCUUUGUUGCUGUUAAAUCUUUCCCAGUUUUAACAUCAGCAGUUGGUUUAUCAAUUACGUAUCUCAUGUAUACAGGUGUGGUUGUUGUAUGCCUCUCUGUCUUAUAUUUUAUGUUACCUGAGACAAAAGACAGGACUUUGCAGGAAAUAGAAGAUAGUUUUAGAGGCAUGUCGGCAGCAGAUAGGAAGUGUGCUGAACCUUUGAAUGGUACAUAUGACAAUGGAAUGCGAAGGUGCAGUUCCCAUACUCUAUUUUAA